AUGGCCAAAGUCGACUUUGAAGACUUGUCUGGAGCUUCUACGCCUACAACUUCGAACCCAUUCGAUGGUCUGAUCAUUGCUUGUCAUAAUGACCCAAAAUUGAUUCAAGAACGAUAUUCGGCGCAUCGCGUGCUCAGAAAUGACCAACAGCGUCAGAAAAUCCUUGGGUCCGACUUCCAAGGCUGGACUCUCGAUCAGUACCUUGUCAAGUUAGACGGCCCACGAAAGGACGACUCUUUCGUUGAUCCUCGCCAUUGCCUGGUGUUUUGGGGCAGGCCACCUCAGAAGGUGAAGAACCUCAUACACAUCAUCCAGUCAAAACUGCAGGAUGCUGCACCUGAUCUGUGGCUCAUGCCACUCGAGAGACUACAUUUGACUGUCAUGGAGGUCGCGCAUUCAAAAACGACAGAGGAGAUCGCGGCUUUGAUAGAGGCUCUGAAGGCUCACUGUAAAGACAUUGCCGAUCACACCGUGACUCACCGAGCCAGGCUCAUCAAGCCUCUGCUAAGUUACGAUUCUGCCGCACUUGCACUGAGCUUCGUCCCGGCUGCUGGAGAGUCAGUCUCUCAUGGACGAACGGUAGAAGACGACAGGUACACUUACCAUCACCUGCGGCGCGAUGCCCAUGCGGCCCUUACAGAUGCCGGAGUACAAGUUGGCUCCAGAUACGUGGUCCCAUCAGCACACCUGACCAUUGCACGUUUCAACUCACCGAACGUCUUCGGUGGAGACCCUAUGGACGAAAGUGCUACCUUGGACAUGAAGAAGCGCAAACAUUGGAUCAACGAGAUUGAAAUGAUCAACAAAUGGCUCCAAGCGGAAUUUUGGCCAGAAGAGCAGGGUGGGCUGAUCAAGGCUGGAGGACAAUGGGUUGUAGGUGAAGAGAAGGGGCUCGACUUCCGUAGUGGGAAGUUGUGGUAUGGGGAAGGUGAGACCAUCUAUCUGGGUGAAGGCUUCAUACCUUCGGAAGAGCAGUGA